UGUGUGCAUUCUUCACAGACAGCAACAUCACAAGGACACAGCCGUGUUAAACAUCGCAGCGGUGCAGGAGUUGUGUAACCUCACUAAGACCGACAGUAUAUCUACAUUCACUCAGCCGGGUUGCGCUCAAUCUUUAUUGCUCAGUCCUGCCUCCGUCAUGUCGCUGCUGACCCACGUGCUGGCGUGCCUUUUCGGCAUGGGCUCCUGGGUGGCCAUCAAUGGGAUGUGGGUGGAGCUUCCCCUGGUUGUCCAAGAGAAGGCCCCCGAGGGCUGGCUGCUGCCCUCCUACCUCACCGUCCUCAUCCAGAUGGCAAACGUAGGUCCUCUCUUCAUCACUCUGAUGCACCGCUUCCGGCCAGGCGCGCUGGACGAGCGGCCCGUCAUCUACUCCAUCGUGGGUUUGGGGAUCGUGGCCACCUUCCUUCUGGCGUUCUUCUGGAGGCAGACGGUGAUGGUAGCCGGCUCCCUGCGCAGCGUACCCCUGCUGGCUUUGAGCUUCCUGCUGUCUGUAGUGGACUGCACAUCGUCCGUCACCUUCCUGCCUUUCAUGAUGCGUCUGCGUCCGGAGUAUCUCACUACGUACUUUGCGGGCGAGGGCCUCAGCGGGCUGGUGCCCGCCAUGGUGGCGUUGAUUCAGGGUGUGGGGGUAGCCCACUGCGAAAACACCACUUCAACCGCAAACUCGUCGGCUCCCGACUCCAGCUGGGUGAGCGGCGGCGGGCUGCAAUCCGUCUACCAGCCUGCUAAAUUCUCCGUCGAGGUUUUCUUCGUUUUUCUCAGCGCCAUGAUGGUUGUGUGCCUGGUUGCCUUCAUCCUGCUGAACCUUCACCCGGCCGUGGCUCGCGAGAGGAAGAGCGACCGAUACUUUAGUCCAGAUCUGGAAACGGAGAAGAGGGAUCCAGGCUUCUCUCUGCAUGCCCAAACACCGGAGCAGAAGCCAAUGAUCAGCCCUAGAGAGGCCGCAGGGAAAGAAUCAAGGGGUUCGUUUGGAAAGGGGACAUACAGCAACUUGGAAGUGAUGUUCAUCUUUGCUGUCCUCGCAUGGGUCAACGCUCUGACCAACGCGGUUUUGCCCUCCGUCCAGACGUACUCCUGUCUGCCUUAUGGGAACAAAGCCUACCAUCUGGCUGCCACCAUGGGCGCUGUUGCUAACCCUGUAGCCUGCUUCAUUGCCAUGUUUGCACCAGUGAGGUCUCUCAUCUUUAUGGGGUUUCUGACGGUUUUCGGGACUGGUUUUGGAGCCUACAACAUGGCCAUGGCAGCUAUGAGUCCCUGUCCUCUACUGGUCCACCACACCUCUGGAACCGUUGUCAUUGUGCUGGCCUGGAUCCUGUUCGUCCUCUCCCUCUCUUACGUGAAGGUCAUCAUUGGCGUCAUACUGAGAGACGAGGGGCACAGUGCCCUCGUGUGGUGCGGUGCUGUAGUGCAGCUGGGCUCCAUGCUCGGCGCCGUGUCCAUGUUCCCGCAGGUCAGCGUCUACGGACUUUUCACUUCCGGCGAUCCCUGCAACACUAAGUGUCCGUUGUAGACGAUAAACACGUUUGCGUUAAACACCGAUGUACGACCUUUGGGGUAGAUUGCACUUAAUUUCGUAGCACUCAGCUCAGUUCACUCAUGAGUUUUGACAUAUUCCAUCUAGCUUUGGGAGAGCUGACAGGUUGCAGGUGACUUUUCCCACUCCUCUUUUUAUGUCUGUUGAUUUAUUUCUAUUUAUUGAAGUAUGGAGUGAGUGUUACAAACUGCUCAAGUUACAGCCACAUGGUCAGUGCUCAUCAGACCAAAGAAGACCAAUUCGCUGAGUAUUUUUUAAACAUGUUUGCAAUUCCUCAUCAGUAGAAAGAUUGUUUUACUUGAACUUUUAGUGUGAUGUGAUAGUGUUGUCACUAUUUCUAUAAGAAUAUGUGAAACUUUUAGCUUUAAAAUGUGCCUUGAUGCUAGGUGAUGAAAGAAUCAAGCUGGUUAUUUUGUGUAAAAAGUACAAAGUUGUUUGACUAAACUGAUUUUAUGUUACUGGGAUGUUGAUGCUAUUUUACUUUAAAAAAUAAAAUCUGUUGACAUAUUGCCAAAGAAUAAGUCCUCUCUCUUUCCUCUCAUAUAUGUCAUAAUCUUUAUGGAAAGUGAUUUAUCUUAAAAGCUCAAAAGUCACAGUUUGUCGCUGCCUCUAUGAAUCUUUAUUCACAUUCUGUCCUCACUGCCUGAUCAGAAUCGACUUUAUUUUCCGAUCUUCCUUGACUUUGGUUUUCAAAGUCAACGAAUUCCUUUGACUUUCUUUGACUUUGCUUUUCAAUUAGGUAUAGACAUUAAAUAUAAACUUAAAUAAGAAUAAAGGAACGGUACAUGAAGUUGAGCAGUGGAGCUCCUCCAAAGAUACCUCUGACCUCUUGGCUGCUUCUCCAGUGACUGAUUUCCUUGUCCAACCUGAUCCUUUAGGAUAUGGCCAUAUCUAAACAAAUAUGUUUUCUGUUUAAAUAUCUUUCCAGUUUCAAAUAAUGAAUCAACAGUGCUCUGUGAUUAGUACAAAAGUUGUACCUGUAUUCUACUUUUUGAUGGGCUUUUAUAUAGAAUCUCAGUCUGACACAUAAUUCAUAUUUUUAACAAACCAGUUCAAGGGAUAAGAGCACUUUUGCAAGGCACCGUAAAAUACUAUUUCCUUGUUAGAUGUUUAGAUGCAACAAUUAACCCAGAUUACAAAGUCCUAUUUUUGACAUGACAAAGUUAAAAAUUGAUGUUAUACUUCUUCUAAUUUGUCAAGAAAUUAAACACAAUCAAGUAAAAGACAGUAAAACACUUUGCUAGAAACGUUUUAAAUGUCUAGUGACACGUUUUCAGUACCGAAACAAAAGAAAACCUUGUUAUUUUGUCUACCUGGAAGUGUUUUAAACCACUGACUGUUUAUUAGUUUCCCUUAUAUGAUGUGGCCACAAGGGGGCACAAGACCCAAGUUAAUUUUUGUCAUUUUUGUAUUUUUUUUUUAAAGACUGUUGGCGUCAUUCUCAUUCGUCAACAUCUCUAAUAACGAAAGACUUCCAUGUUUUUCUUGCAGUGAGCUUAAACUCACCGCGGUUUGCUGCCAUCUGCAGUAAACUGACGAAGUCAUGACCAAAACCCUCCCUUGUCGGGUUAUGGUUUUUAAAUACAUUUUUGAUUAUAUUCGGUUCCUGGAGUGUUCAAACUAGAAUGCUGGUGGAAUAUACCAACAUUUUCCAACAACAGUCUGAUGGUGUUAAAAAAACCCACCUGAUUUGAGUUGCUUUUGAACCAUGACUGGAACAUUCAUCAACAUGUUUGUGUAAUGAUCAUUUCAACAAUGGCACUUGACAAAAUGUGAUCUCUGUUGCUGGUUUUCACAACUGUUGAAUGUGUGAUAUGGUUUUACAUUUUUAAGAUGCAAAAACAUCUUUCAUUUAUGAAAUUUACCUAUCAUAGAGCUAACAUUGUUUUAGCCUUGUGAAGGACAUAGAGAUUCAUGGUGUUAGCAUGGAAAAUCAGGAAAAGUUUACUUUUUUUGAGACCUGCACAUCUCUAAAUAUACCAGCAGGUGUCACUGUGUGAUUUAUGUUACUGUUAAGUUAUAUUCGUCACCAAUUUCUGAGGCCAACUCAGCAAUCUUGUCUUAUGAUUGAAGCUGAUGUGUAGCCGCAAUGAUUUGACUUGAGGUGUAAUAAUAGCUACAAUUUUUUUCCACUUUUUUUUUUUUUCAAGAUAAUAUAGAGAUAAUAUAUCUUGACUCAUGAGCCCUGAUCAUAAGUGUCACUCACAAAUCAGGCUUAGGUAAUGAAUCUAUAUUUACAAUGUGCCCUUUUAUUCCUGCUCUUAUUUGGGGGUUUUCCAAAGAUUUGUAGAAACAGCUCAGCUUUAUUUAUAGCUACAGCGUGACGUGUUCCUCUGAGGUGUUAGCCUCGGUCACCAGAGCAGUGUGUGCAUCAUAUCCUCCGCACACUAAAUCAGAACGUAUCUUACCCCGUUUACGUGUCUGUGUCUCUUAGCAGCCCGUGGAGGUAAAUGGGAAUGAGAAUCUCGUGGUCAGUCAGCAACUGAUUCAGAUCCCAGUAGCUCCACAGACAACAUCUGGGGUCAUCAUCUCCUGGUGUCUCAUUCUUGACUUAUUCUUUUUAUCACCACCUGUGGUUUUCGAGGCUUAUGGUGUGCCCUGUGAGAAAGUAGCAUGUCAGUUUGAAAGGCCUGAAAAUCGAGACAGGGUUUUAAAAAACAAAAAGAACUCUUGAAGUCUUUUUAAUGAGAUUUAGAAAGAUGGAGUCUGCUUAUUUUGAAACCCUCAUCGAUUUGGGUCACUUCUGCGAGACGGAGGGAGAAAAAUAGCCGUGCGGUUUCUCCUUAUCUUUUUGGCUUGGCCUCUCUUGCAGCUAGUAUGACAUCUCCUUUUCCGCCGAGCUCCUUGUCUUCCUCUAUUCAAGCAUAUGGCAGACUUUGCGACCGUAAUUUGAAUUUAAAACACAUGGGGGGGAAAUCCUAGCCCGUGCUGCUCUUUAAUGGGCCGUCAUGGGAUUGGAGAAUGCGGGGAAUGAUUGAAUUUUGCGAGAAGGCCAAGAACGAUCAAGUCUCGCCUGCUGUUAUGCAAUCGACCAUUCCCCUCUUCCAACGCGACGUCUGGUAAAACCUCGUGGAGUAAGAGGAGGAGGAGGAGGAGGAGGAGUGGGUGGAAGAGGGGGGUUAUUGCUGGAAAUCUCAACGUCUGGACCAAAAGAGAGAAAAACAGUUUCUUUUUUUUUGUCUACUAAAUGACUCAAGGCCUCAUAAAAAGAAAGUCAGCUAUCAUGUGUAAAAAAGCCAAAUAAGAUCUGAUCCACCACAUGAAACAGAAAGAUUUUCAACUACAUUGAUUUUAAUGGUACUAAAUGAGUCUUUUUACACUGAACUGCAUGACAUCAAAUAUUUUCUUACAAACGAAAACAUAUGGAUGUCAUAGAAAGCUUGCCAUUCUGGUCUUUUUCUUUGAUUGAGUAAUGCCUACUUUUUCCUGUUACUCUCCACUGGCUUGACUCAUGACAGCUUGAAGAACAAUGUUUAGUUUAAGAAAGGCUUCUUAAGAUCUUUUUUUUUCCCAAGUCAAGUGUUUGACGGACGAGUUAAAGUCGAGGCUAAAGGUUUUGAGGGGAUGAUCCCAAGUCAGAUAUGAAGUAUUCAAGGAAUGAGUUCAAGUAAAGUCUUAAGUCUUCGAUGGCCAGCUCAAAUAUUAACAUAUUUGCACAAAGAGAAAGUCUAAGUUGACUUCCAAAUUCUAGAGGACUAAGUCUGUCAAUUCUCAGCUUUUAGAAAAGCAAAACCAAGCAAAUUCAAAGGCUUUUUUGACGGUCAGGUCAAAUUCAUGUCUCGAGCCAGUAAGUGUCUAGUCCAACCCAAGUCUCAAGUGGGUAAGACGCAAGUACAAGUUGAGUCUCAAGUCUGUGAGGGUCCAAGUCCAGUGUAAGUCUCUAAAUCUUAGUGGAGGAAUUCGAUUCAGUUCUGUUUAUUUAAUUCAAUUCAGUUUAUUCAUACAGCCCCAAUUCACAACACAUCAUAUCAAGGCAUUUUACAAAAAAAGUACAUGUUAUCCAAUCAUGCAUGCAUUCCAAUUGAUACUCAUUAUCAAACAAUGCAGUCAAGUUCAGUUUAUUAAUCAAAUUAAUUAGUUUUCUGUUUAGGGAAAUCAAGCAGACUGCAUGAAGUUAUUGACUUGCAGCAUUCACUCCUCAUAGAUGAGCAUCUAGCUACAGUAGACAAUGACUUGCACUGUGUUGUUGACUUUUCAGUAAUCCCUCAUAUUGAGCACGCAUGUAGCAACAGCAGAAAGGAAAAUCCCCCUUUAACAUUAAGAAAGUUCCAGCAGAACCAGAAGCUGGUGUGAACCUCAAUGUACCCACAAAAAAGAAACAUAGAGGCUUAACAAUGAAAAAAAUACGAGGUAAAGUAGGUAGAUAUUCUUCUAAAAUUCCCCAAAGUCAUGUAAUACAGUGCUCAUUUUUGUAAGAGAUAUUUUUGGUCAAUGAUAUAAAGCUACAAGUAUCCUUAUCAGAUUGUUGUAAAUCAUUAAUACCUCAAAAUCUCUGGUUCACUGGCUAACUGCCUAAUAAAUCGAGCGCACUUUUCACUGAAAAAAAUGCUUGUGAAGUAUUAGAACUGUGGUUUGUAGCUCACACACUGACUUGUUCAAACUCUCAUUACCCAAGAUUGAAAAUGGUUCUUAAGACCAUCAAGUCUUGAGGCUAUAGCAAGACUUACUCUGUAAGUCUUGCUAUAGCCUAACGGCCAUAGCCUCAUUGGCUGUAAGUGAGUCUAGGUCAAGAAUGAAAUCUUCAUGUUUGUGACUGAAGACAGCUGCUGUUCAAGUCUGAGACUUCAGUAAUCAUUUCUGCCACAUCAUCUAAGCUUUCUUGCUCUUUGUGUCUGAUUCCACAUUGGUUAUGGACCCUGUCAGUUAAGCAAAAGAGAUUACUUUUCCCGUUAAGUCCAUUAUAUUCAAAUGGACUGGGCCCUUUUUUUUUCUUCUUAGCAACAAGACAUAAAGUAAUCAAAAGUUAAAAGCAAACACUCAAGGAGGCACUUAGCAAAAAAGAAAAGCUUUUAUGAUAAAACAUUCAUAUACUGUACAGUGUAGGAGACAGGUGAUCUUUGAGAAUGAUAGGGUUGUCUUGUGGUCAGUUUUGCAUAGUAUUAUUCAGGGAGCCUUGUAGAUGAAUUCUCCUAAUGACUCACCCCCUCUCUCCCCUACAUCCACCCAUCAUACAUAAGACAAUCCAGCCAGAACAACUAAUACCUGAGUGUAUGACUUCAAUGGCGUGAAGUAUGCCUUGAAAAGCUGUUGGAUGCUAAAGUACAGCAGUGUUCAUUACUUUGACAGGCUGAUGACAGCACAGACUGGCUGAGUUGCACUUCCACACACACAUUCAAUAUCAGUAGAAUAUUAUUUAAAUGCAGCUCAUUGACAUUAGAAAACAUGUGCUACAGUCAUGAAUGUUGAUAUGGUAUCAUAUUGUUGAGCAUUGACUAUUGAUAAAUCCGUUUAAUGGUUAAGCUACAAUCAACAGGUACUGUGACGGAAUUGCUCAGAGAUGUAUCAGCCAAUGAUUGCUGGGAGACAUUCCAGGCCUCUGCAGUCUUGUACAGGAUUCAAUGAGUUUAAACAAAAUGCAAAUUGUGUAUCAGCCAAUCACUUGGUAACCGAGUGCAUUAAGGCAUAUUGACAUGAUGAAGUUGACUCCCUGGAUACUGAACGGUGAGGCCAGGGCAUUUAAGGAAUUUUGAAAAUGCCAUGUUUGUUGGUACCUAGACUGGCUGGUGACUACUUCAGAAACCUUUAAUGCAUAGCUGUAUUUUGUGUUUAUAGCAAAAGGUUAGGAAGAGAAAAAAUAUCCGGUGAAUAUCAGUUGAGUGGAAGAAAAUGCAUGUCUGAAGCAUUAAAGGAGAAUGCCAAGACUGGUUCAAUAAGAUGGAAAGGCAACAGUAACUCAAAUAAACUUUCAUUAGCAACUAUCCAUAUAUUCAUACCCACUUGUCCUUGCCACGAGCAAGCUGGUGUCUAUCUCCAGUGGUCACUGGGCGACAGUGAGGGUACCUUCUGGACAGACCACCUGUCUGUCACAGGUGAACACAUAGACACUCACACCUCAGGAUAACUUGUAGAACAAUUAUGGUUUUACACUGCAGGAGGAAGCCGGAGUACCCAGAGACAACCCUCCAGGAUUUCCAACACAGAAGCUUUUUGCUACAAGACAACAGUCCUACCAAAUGAUCCACUGUAUAGCCCUUCAGUACAUCUAAAACUAUCUAUGUAAAAUGCCAAAAUUUAGGAUUAAAACCAUGAAGGCAUGGAACCAUCCUUCCUUUUAUCAGCGCUUCGGCCUGGUUUUAGUCACGGUGAAAUUGUUUCAGGAUACUGCCUUGGCUAACUUUGGGGGUUUGAGCUACAGCCUACCUGACUAUUGUUGACAAUAGUUUAUCUGACUAUUGUUGACCAUGGUUUACCUGCCCUCCAUGUUAAGAUGGUCAAAUCAUCUCAAGCACAUUUCUUAAGCACGCCAGUGUCUGAAGUCAAUGGACUUCAACCCAGUGAUUGUGCAGACAGCUAAAACGAGACAAAGAAUUCAGGGAGUUUUGAAGGCAAACCUGGUACCAAUAGAGUGUGCUUAAAAUAGAGGUUGGAGAGUUUACAGUUGACAUUUUCAUGAUGUGUAAAAAUUUAAUAAAUUGUUUUGCUUUUUAUUAUUUAUUUGAGCUAUUGUUUUCCAGGAUGGAGUUACUGUGAGAAUACAACUUUCUGGACAUGCAUUGUUAAAACCAGAACUGACUGGACCUUUAUACACCAACUAAUAAGAAGAUGGUAAUAUUUUUUAGUAAAUUACACAAUAACCACUUCUUCAACCGUCAACAAGCCCCUGGAUUGGUUUUUGGCUGGAUUUUUGCCAUUUCUUUGCAGAGAUUGCAGAUGUAAUUUCCAUUAGCGGAUUCCUUGGCAUCGACCUGGCUUUGAAUCAUGGUCCAGAAACUUUUAGUAGUGCCAGGGUCAGGGCUUGUACUGCCAUUCCAAAAAGGUUUGAUGUUUGUUUCAGUCAAAAUGUUCCAGUGAUGUAGUUAUUGAUUACGGGUGAAGUGGAAGAACUUAGAUGUAGCACAUUGGCAUUGACUCACAGCUAGUACGAUGUUUGGUUUUGGCUAAUUUAUCUCAAUCGUUAUAUUUUCAUAAAAGCAGCUUCAGAUUCCAGCAUAAAGUGCCUUACCAACGCGUCAUGUUAGUAAACGAAAGUUCUAAGACUAGUAAGCCACUACUAGGGAAUAUUAAUUUAGAAAAUGAUCAACAAUAAAACCACUUCAUAAUUUUAUUGUGCAUUUAGUCAUUUUCAUAAGGCCCUCGUGUUCUAUUCCCUCAUACAGCUAUCAGUGGCAUUUAAAACUAGGCUUAAAACUUUCUUUUUUCAUUAAGCUCAUAGUUAGAGUGGCUAAGUUUAGCAAGAGCUGUCUAUGUAGUUAUGCUGCUUAGACUUAGGCAGCUGGAGGGCAUCUUGACCACUUUUUGCUCCACGACAUUCUUCACCCUUUCUCCAGUUCUGGAUUAUUUGCGGUUAUUUCAACUUCUACCUUUUUGUUCUCUCUUUUUCCACAUCAUAGAAGCUACAUUUGAUCUGCUUAUCUGUCUCGCUUUCCUCGAGCGGGGCAAAGACUAAGCUACCCCUGGCAACAACUUAUAACAAUCUGCUCUUGGCCCUGUCCUUUUAGCGGUUUUUUUUUUCCUGACUCUGAGCUUUUGUUGCGACUGACUUUAUGUGCCUCUUUUAUCAUAUAAGCCUUAAAAACCGUCUCAGAGAUGAUCUGUGGACAAAUCCACUAAAUGAGCUACUACUGCCACUAACUUCUUACUUUCUCUAACAUAGAAAGCUUGUCUGGAUCAGUGCUUUCCAGUGCUUUAAUUUGUGUGUAUCUGUGAUCUUAGACGCUCCAGCCAGGUGAAGCAGAUUCACACUGAGCCACGUUCUGCUAGAGGGUUCGUCUUGCUUUUUUAAUUUUUUUUACCAACUUGAAUAAUAUUUAAUUUAAUGACUUUGAUCAAUUGGACUGUAUGUAUGAUUGGAUUGAAAUUGACAUUUUUUGUGACAUGCCUUAAGAUGACAAUGCUGUGAAUUGACACUAUAUUAAUAAAUUGUGUUGAACUGAA